AUGAAACCUGAAUAAAAAGCUUAAAUUAUAACUCAUUUAUAAAAGAUUACUAAAAAACAUUUUGUGGAAUGUGUGAUAAUGGAGUAUUACAAGCAGCUGAUUUUGGAAUUUCAUUAUCUGAUGCAGAAACAUCUUUGGUUGCAUAUUUUACUUCUAAAAUUUAAAAUAUAUAUUGUGUUGUUAAAUUAUUAAGAGUACCUUUAAUUACUAGUUUUUAAUGUUUUAAAUAUAUGA